AUGGCGUCUGACCGGUCCACAACUUCUAAGGUCAUAUGCAACUUCUCGGCAUGCAGUCCCAAUCGGCUGCACGAGAACAUUGUCCGAGUCGCUAAGGCUGCGUUGCCGCCUCCCUUCAAGAAUGGCAGGUAUCAAGCUCCAGAUCACAAGCAGCUCAGGUCGUUUGAACCUGUGGCACGAGCAGUCCAGGCCAGCCCCCAAAAUCGACCUCGCGUCCAGAGUGGGCAGAGUCUUUUACAGAACGACAUCGAAGAACUUUGUCGACCUCGGAAAAAGCUCAGACCUGCCUCAAGCCAUCUUGCCCCAGCGGAAAAAACCCUGAGCCCGCCUAAUUUUCAGCAUACACCCGCCCAUCCUAUCGCGUCCGAGAACGCGGCAAUGACGACAACACUGAAAACGAAUCCUAUUCGAUGGGAUCUCACAACGACAUACCAAGCCUCCGAAUCCCUCCUGUCAAAUGCCAGCCGCUCCGAUUCGCAGCACAUCUUACCCACAAAAUCAAAACUAUCAACAACACAGCCCCUCCCACCAAUCCCCACAGUCGAGAACACUCUCCUCCACCCCCAAACCCUCCCUCUCACCAAUCCCACCAACAAACCCGCAGAAGAAGAAGAAGAAAAAGAAACCCCCCAACGCCCCCAUCCCCCCAAAAAGAAACCCACAAACUCCAAGCCUCCCUCUCAACCCCCAGCAACCGCCAUCUACGCCCACGGAACCACCCCCAUCCCUCCAGCAAUCCUCUCCCUCGCCACCACCAUCAAAUCCUUGCCACAAAAACACACCUACCCGAUGCCGACGGCUCUGCGAGGCGUGACGGGGAUGAAUCAGCGAAAUGGAUUUUUGCUCAAACAGUCGCCGUUGAUGGCUUGGUAUGGCGAUACGAGGAUUUUUGGGGAAAAGUGGUGGAAAUUUUUGUUUGUGGGGGGGAUGUAUAGGAGGGAGUUGGUGAGGGUGAUGGGGAGGAGUGGGGAGGAGGAGAUGAUGGUUGGUGGGAGUGGUGGUGGGAUUGAAGAGUUGUUGAAAAAGGAGAAAGGGGGAGUCUAA